AUUCAAAAUCCGUUGCAGCCAGGCUCAGUUUCCAUCAGAUUGUCGCUGGUCACUGCCACUCUCCUUCAUUUUUCCUUAUUUCCCCCAGCCUGCAAUAAUAAUGACUCUCUUUCUAGCCACUCUCAUUUAUGACCCUUUCCACUUUCCAUAAUGAAAUUCAACCCUUUAUUAUUAUCUCACUCUAAAAAACCGAUCCUUGUGACACUAUUGAGGCCUUGUUUCUUCUGGCAAAACUCCAAUCUCUAGUUCGUUUUUUUGUUACCUUGUGUGUGUGUGUGUGUGUGUGAGUGUGUUCUUAACUGUCCCUUGUCUGUGCCCCCUAUUUACUGCCGCUGCCACAGUCAUUUCAUGUGGCAUUCACACCUUAACAGACUCAAAUAAUAUUAUGAUGUGCCUCCUCUCCUUUGCCACUUACAGUUACAUUACUCACUCUUCAUCACCCUCUUAUUUCUUACUUGAGCAUCAACAAUGACCAAUACUAUUACUACUACUGCUACUAUCCCUUUCUGCUAACUAGCACUGUUUAUUUCUUCUUCUGUUGGGGGCAUUUACUAAGUUCAAUUGAGAGAGCAGUGAUGAGCACUUCCACAAGGGCAACUUCCAACAUCCUUCUCUCUCUGCCACUGCCCUCUCCUAAGGCGGCGCCUCCUUCGUGCCCAGAUUUGUAUGGAAAGCGUCGCGAAAUGGCCAAGAUUCAGAUGCUGGAAAGAGAGAUAAGUUUCCUCGAGGAAGAGUUAAAAUCUUCUGAAGGCCUUCAACCAGCUUCAAGAUGCUGCAAAGAGAUUGCCGAUUUUGUGAUGGCAAACUCAGAUCCUCUGUUACCUACGAGCAAGAAGAACCACCGGUCAUGUAGCUUCUGGAAGUGGCUGUGUGACAUCCCUUGCUUUAACUUGUCUUGGAUCUGCCAUUGGUGCUGUGAUGGGUGCUUUGAACAUCAAAACAUGUCAAGUUGUUGUUCCCACUGCAUGCCAUGCAAUUGCUGUUCUAGUUGUCUUCCAUCUACCAAUUGCUCUUGCUGCCCUAAUGGAAUAUCACAUUGCUGCAAAGAUAGUUGUGGUUGCAAAAUUUGUUGCACUCUCCCAAGUUGCAAUAUUGGGUGGCCUUUUCCCUCUUGCUGCAUUUGCAAAUGCUCUUGCUCUUGCUCUUGGUCAGGCCCAAAAAAAUGUCCCAAGGUUCGUCCAUGUUGCUGUUGUACAAAUUCCUGUUGGAACCCCUGUUCAUGUUUCUAGUAUAGUAUCACAAAAAAAUAAAAUUUGUCUAUAAAAAUUGUAUUUAUAGUAGCAAUUUUAUGAAAUUGGAAAUAUAGAAGUUUAUAAUUAUAAAUGUCCUGUUAAUCUUUUUCAUCAUGUGGAUACUACUACUUACUAGAAGCAAAUGUAAUAUUUCUCACUAGCAAUUAUGGGUUACAAAAAAUUUGACCUCUUUCAUUUCUUUGCUGCACUGAAUUUCCAGACAGUAUCAUUACAUGUGAAAUGAAAGAUGCAAUAGGG